UGGAAAUCUAAUGAGAUUAUGGUUAAAAAUAACUAUAUAACUACAGAUAAUUUUGUUGUGUAUCCGAGAUAUUUUGAAAUUUUGGACGAUGAAACAGAUAUGAUAAACAUUGUUUUUCGCCCUACCAAUUUUGAAAAAAUCAUAGAAAAUUUUGUUUUAAUAACAGACGGUGGUACUAAAAAAAUGUUCAGUGUAAGAGGAGCUGGUAUGUUAUUUUGCAAGGAGUUUAUAAAAGUUCAUGUAGAUGUUCUUGUAGAAGAAGAAAUUAAGUUAGUUUACAAAGACUAUAAUUUUAUACAAGGCAGCGAUUCCCAUGCUCAUGAAACAGAUAAUAACACUGGACUAGAUUCUUCAACGGAUUGUGCGUGGCACCUACCAUCAGUUGAUGGAGACGUAUUGUCCGAAGUGGAUAGCGAAAGUCAUACUUUGGCCUAUGUCGUGGACUAUGACGCCUAUCCAAAUGUUACUCCUUUUAGUACGUUUGCGUUUCUAAAACCUUAUGGAAAAGAUGCAGACAAAGUCGACAUUAACGUCACUCCAAGUUCUGGUGUGGUUCAAAAACUCAAACAUAUAAAUGUACAAAUAUCAAUAAUACCAAAGGAAACGGGUAUAUUGGAUGAAAUUUACGUUCCCUGCUUUGUUGGUUUAAAUCAUUGCUUAUUGAAGCUACGAAUUAUGAUCGUGGUUGAUACAGUACACGUUUAUUUGUAUUUGCCAAGAAUAAACUUUUUUGAUAAAAUAAAAUGGCCAAAAAUCAGAAAAGAAAAAUAUGAUCUAUGUUUAUGUGGAGAAGGUGUGGAUUUUAAUUAUGAUGAUUCAACAGAGUCUCUUGUAGUAAAACAUGAAACUGAUAUCGUUGAAAAGUAUAAACUUUCCAGUAGCUCAUCUGAAGAAGAAAUAAAAGCUAACCAUAGUACAAAUACUUUCGAUAGUUCGGAACUCAAAUCAGCCUAUUUAAAAAUUUGCCAAGGGGUAGAUGAAUCUCCUGCUCCAUGUGCACAACUAUCAUUUAGAGAAACGGAGGAUUCUCUAAUUAUAGUUACGGAUUUGAAAGAAGAAUUAAGAAAGCAGUUUGGAAAGAAUAUCAUUUUGCAGGAGAAUGUUAUUGAGCUAAGGAAUAUUAAAUUAAAAACACGUAUGUUACUAAAAUGUAGUUAUUUGUUUAAAUUAUAGUUUGAUGGUCAACAAGAUAAUUUUGUAAAAGAUUAAAUUACAAAUAUUUUCAAUUUCACAUUAAAAUUAAGAAGAGCACAUCUAUUAUUGUAUAAAGGU